AUGGCCGCUCCCCAUAUGAAUGACGGUGAAUAUGCGAGGAGACCAAGUUUCUUCAAGUGCUACUCCGAGAGUCUCCACAACAACGGAAUACGCUUUCCUCCUGAAUUUGUUGGUCGACAUGGGGCAUCCUUACCACAUCAAUGUAUUCUUAUGAUGCCCAAUGGGAGAGUAUGGGGUGUAAGCUUGUUGAGAGUUGCGAAUGGCUUCUUCUUCAGGGUUGGAUGGAGAAACUUCGUUCAGGCUAACGAAAUCGUGAAUUUGGACUUGCUGAUCUUCACAUGGCUUGGUGGAGGCACGUUCCAUGUGAAACGGUUUGAUUUCGGUAGUGGUUGCCCACCGAAAAGUGACUUCAGAGCUCUUGGAGAGAAUCCAAACGACGAAGACUACUACUCUCCUGAUAUACAAUCAUCUGACGAUUACUCUCCGUCUGAAACUGAGUUUGAUGCAGAGGCUGAGGAUGAACACGAAGAAGAGGUGAUGCUGCCCGCCGAGCGCGAACGCCCCACUUUCAAUAUGGAACUGUCACUUAGUUUCUGGAAUGCUCACAUCCCUGCCGCCUCUAUGGAUGCUCAAUGUGCCUACUUCACCACUUUUGACAACACUUGGGAGAUGCGUAUAGGUACUGGCAAAGGCAAGCUUUGGAUUCAACAUGGGUGGAAGUGCUUUGUGAGAGACAAUGCCUUAGUUCAAGGUGAUCGGCUGUACUUCCAGUUGGUGGAUAACGAUGAUGUGCAAUUUUAUGUGAACAUUAACCUUUGAAUAGCUCGUACCUAGAUGAUGCAUAUAUAGCUAAUGUCUCGCUGUUUUUGAAUUUUGUGGGGUAUCAAGCGCUAGCAACAAGUCAUACUAGAAAAUGACGAUGGGCGAUGACUAUUUUGUAUGAUAAUUGCAGUGUAGUGUUUUCAUA